AUGUUGCGACAGGUUUUCUUGACCUCAAGGCCGGUCGUUGCCUGUUUAGUGUCUCGGAAGCUUCUUUCAACAUCAGUUCAAAUCCCUCAGCGACUGUUCGCUCCAGCCUGCGUCUACAGCAAAAACAGGACCCAAAUCAGACCGUUUUCUGCAAAGGCUCCCCUGACUAAAAAGACUCUUGAAGAUCGUAUCAUCCUUGUGCUCAGUUUGUAUGAUAAGAUCGAUCCAAAGAAGUUGACCAUGGACUCUGAUUUUGUUAAGGACCUUGGUCUUGACUCUCUUGAUCACGUUGAAAUGGUCAUGGCUAUGGAAGAAGAAUUUGGGUGA